AUGUGGUUAGUGAGGCCAGGAAAAAUGUGGGUCCAGCUACAGCAAAUUAAGCAUAGCAAGGAAAGUUGUAAAUCAGCUGAUGGUGCCGGCGGUGGAGGGGCGCGGAACGUGGUACGGGCGGCCAAGGACGCUGGCGGAGUGCGGCGGGUGGUGGUCACCUUGUCCAUCUCGGCCAUGGUGCCCAGCCCCGGGUGGCCCUCCGGCGAGGUCCUCGACGAGCGUUGUUGGACCGACAUCGACUACUGCGAGAAGAACAGGGUGAGCCUCGCCUACCUGCCAACUCCAGCUGCUUGGGUGCUUCCUUCUCAGUGA